GUACAUCAGGAGACGUGGAGGAGGCCGUAGGAGGGCAACAACCCAGCAGCAGGACCGCUACCUCCGCCUUUGUGCAAGGAGGUGCACUGCCAGCGCCCUGCAAAAUGACCUCCAGCAGGCCACAAAUGAGGGAACUUUUUUUUCUACACACAAUACGCCAUAAUGACAAACCGAAAACAGGUUUAUAAAACCUUUUAAAUCAAAAACAUAAAUACCUUAUUUACAUAAGUCUUCAAACCUAUGCUGCGUUCAUGAUCUAGUCGGAACUAGGACAUUUCCGACUUGCUAACAGUUUGUGUUUAUAUACGUGCCGCGUUCAUGGAUUCAGCAAGUCGGACAUUUCCUUGUUCCGACAAUAUGUGAAGGCGGCACUACUCUGAGCUAAGGCCUACGUUUUAACCACGCCCACCAUUUGACGCAGUAACCAGACGAUUUCCUCAUUCGCCAUUUUUUUGUGAGCGGAUUACAUCAGACCACAAGCCGUGUGCCUGUGGAUGGGUCAAUUGAACAUACACGACUCUUAAAUGAAGUGACCCCAGCCAGGUGUUAACCCGGUGUGUAUCCACCAUGUUGAAUGGGGUGUUCAGGCUACAUGGCCUGAUGGUGGCGUCUCACCCCUGGGAGGUGAUUGUGGGCACCAUUGCCCUGACCGUCUGUCUCAUGUCCAUGAACAACCUGGCCACUAGCGACCAGAUCUGCAGCUGGAGCAAUGGCUGUCCCAAACUACAGGAGAGAAUCCUAAACAGUGAUGUAAUCAUUCUAACGGUGACACGCUGCAUGGCCAUCGUGUACAUCUACUUUCAGUUCCAGAACCUUCGCCAGCUGGGCUCCAAGUACAUCCUUGGUAUAGCGGGUCUCUUCACAGUAUUCUCCAGCUUUGUCUUCAGCACCGUGGUCAUUCACUUCCUGGGGAAAGAGUUGACAGGCCUAAAUGAAGCUCUGCCAUUCUUCCUGCUCCUCAUUGACCUGUCCAAGGCCUGUACCCUGGCCAAGUUUGCCCUUAGCUCCAACUCACAGGAGGAGGUGAGAGAGAACAUCUCUCAGGGCAUGGCUAUCCUGGGUCCUACCUUCACCCUGGAUGCCUUGGUGGAGUGUCUGGUCAUUGGAGUGGGCACAUUGUCAGGUGUGCGUCAGCUGGAGAUGAUGUGUUGUUUCGGCUGCAUGUCUGUCCUGGCCAACUACUUUGUUUUCAUGACCUUCUUCCCUGCCUGCGUUUCCCUGGUCCUCGAGCUGUCCAGGGAGAGCCGCGAGGGCCGUCCCGUCUGGCAGCUGAGUCACUUUGCCCGUGUUAUGGCUGAAGAGGAGGACAACAAACCAAACCCUGUUACACAGAGGGUUAAAAUAAUCAUGUCUCUAGGUCUGGUUCUGGUCCAUGCCCACAGUCGUCUUGUGUCAGAGCAGCCAGGUCAGAACCGGACAGUGGAUGGCGCCAGCAGUAGUCUAGCUCUCGAUGGGCCUACAGUCCAGAGGAUGGACCAAGACUACAAUCUCUGGCCAAUACCGCUCACCAGUAUGGAGCUGGAGCAGGUGAUAACACUUGGUCUGGCUCUGCUGCUGGCUGUGAAGUAUGUCUUCUUUGAGCCGGCUGAGACAGAGUUGUCCCUAAAGAGCUCCAUCUCCACCUCUAUCUCCGCCCCUGCACUGAGCCAUAAGGGGGCUGAGGACUGCUGCAGGAGGGAUCCUGCACCUGCUAAAACAUCCCCGACAACCAACAGCACCCCAAACCCUUUGGCUAAAACUGAUUCUAACAUAGCGGCCAAAGAGGAAAGAGUUGAGGUGAUUCAACCCCUGGUGGCCUCAAUGGUGCAGAACAGUCCCUUCUCUCUGAAUGGACCUCUCCCUCAGAGUUUAGGGGACAGUGUGUCCCCCACACCUCCUUUCUUUACCCCAACUCCAGACACAACUACAUCUCUCCCCAACCCCCCCUCCCAGCCCCGCUCCCUGGACCAGUGUCUGUCCAUCCUCAGAAACCCUGAGUUGGGCGCUCGUUUUCUUAGCAAUGCCGAGGUGAUGGAGCUGGUGACAUCACGUAACAUCCUGACCUAUAAGCUGGAGGCUGUCAUGGAAACACCAGAGAGGGGCGUGGUCAUCCGGAGAGAGAUGCUAUCAUCCAAACUACCAUCACCCUCUGCCUUAGCCUGUCUUCCUUACAAGGACUAUGACUACACUAAGGUGAUGGGCACCUGCUGUGAGAACGUCAUUGGCUACAUGCCCGUGCCAGUGGGCGUUGCUGGCCCUCUCCUAUUGGAUGGGAAGCAGUUCCAUGUUCCCAUGGCAACGACGGAAGGCUGCCUUGUGGCCAGCACAAACAGAGGAUGCCGGGCCGUCGCUUUGAGUGGAGGUUGCAGCAGCAGGGUGCUAGCUGACGGUAUGACGCGGGGUCCUGUUGUACGGCUGCCCUCAGCGUGCCGGGCUGUAGAGGUCAAGGCCUGGCUGGAGACCACAGAGGGUUUCAGGACCAUCAAGGAUGCCUUCGACCACACCAGCAGGUUUGCCCGUCUGGACAAGCUAUUGGUAGGUCUAGCAGGGAGGAACCUCUACAUCCGCUUCCAGUCCCACACUGGAGACGCCAUGGGCAUGAACAUGCUCUCUAAGGGUACAGAGCAGGCAGUAAGCAGGCUCCAGCAGCAGUUCCCUGAGCUCCAGGUUCUAGCGGUGAGCGGAAACUAUUGCACUGAUAAGAAACCUUCAGCCAUGAACUGGAUCCUGGGUCGGGGAAAGUCUGCUGUGUGUGAGGUCACCGUCCCCGCCAGGGUGGUCCGAGAGGUCCUAAAGACCAGUACUACUGCCCUAGUAGAGUUGAACAUCAAUAAGAAUCUAGUGGGCUCAGCCAUGGCUGGUAGUAUAGGAGGCUUCAAUGCUCACGCUGCUAACAUCGUAGCUGCUAUCUACAUUGCCUGUGGACAGGACCCAGCCCAGACAGUGGGCAGUAGUAACUGUAUAACUCUGAUGGAGCAAGUGGGUCCUGAAGGAGAGGACCUGUAUAUCAGCUGUACCAUGCCCUCUAUAGAACUGGGCACUGUAGGAGGGGGCACCAACCUGGCACCACAACAAUCCUGUCUACAGAUGCUGGGUGUGCAGGGUGCCAGUCUAACUGGUCCAGGGGAUAAUGCCCGUCAGUUGGCCAGCGUUGUCUGUGCCACCGUCCUGGCAGGAGAACUGUCUCUGAUGUCCGCUCUCGCCGCCGGACACCUCGUACAGAGUCACAUGACCCACAACAGAUCUCAAGCCAAUGUGCCACAAAUGGCUCAAUCCCACUCAGAGGAGGCUGCGUGACAGAUACAUUACAACCAAUCACAAUGAGCCUUCUAGUGAUAGAGGACCUGCAGUGAAUUCUGGGAGCUGGAGGAUUAGCCCAGUGUGAGCAUGAUCCUUUCAUCUCAGAGCAUCCAGCCUGCAACAAUACAUCCUCCUACCCAGAAGAUGGCUGCUGUUUAUUUAUUACAACAGAAAUAAAACUGCUAAUGGAACAGUUUUGGAAAUGAGUGGUUUGGGCUGGACACUCUGGGAGAGAAGUACUUCUGUCUGCUGCUAACCUCAGAGAUAUCUGACUCGUCACUUGGUUAAUACACAGUGCAGAAUGGAACUCAAAGGACUCUGUUUAUUCACUGUGUGUGCAGUGGGAUUGUCUGAAUGGAAAAAAAAGAUUUUGUAUUUUAUGAUUUUGUAUUUUUUGCAAAUUCACAAAUGUGCCAUUGUCUUUAAAAUGGCCAUUGGAAUCAUGUGGACAGACUGACCAAGUUGAAAUUAGAAUUUCAUUGGCAGAAGGAUUUGGCCUUUAACGGCUGUGUGCACACAGCCACACAACCCCCUACAUCAUGGACAACAGGUUUGUUGUGAUCAAAUGCCCUGAAGCAAUAUAUAUAUAUAUAUAUAUAUAUAUAUCUAUAUAUAUAUAUAUAUAUAUAUAUAUAUAUAUAUAUCUAUCUAUAUAUAUAUAUUUUUUUUUAAUGGGUACAUUCUAGAGGCACACAUUCAGUGUAUGUGGAGGUGAUCAGCUUCUUACAGUAUCUGGAGAAGUGCCAGGGCAAUAUGAUACUGUAUUGUGUGCAGGAUUGGGCAGAAUGCAACCCAAAUCUCCUGACUAAAUAUUUGGUUAAAACGUUGCUAAGGGCGAGAUGUUUUGCACUAAGUUGCCAAAUAGUUGUUUGAGAGGCAAGCCUAGUAUUGCUGUAGAUCGUUUCCUUUCAAAUUAAACCUGCCAUACCUCCUGAUUUUUAAUGUAUUAUUUCAUCGAUAAUGUUGGAUAAAAAUGUCAAACCAAGGUGCUAGCUAUAAUGUGAGUGUACAGUAUGAUUUAAUGAUUGAGUGUUCUUGGUCUGAGUAUAUAUGCCUUACACUGCAGUGUUUCGAGGUACCUUUUAAUUGGGAAUGUGUAAGAAAUGGUUUGACGGUCUUGGGCUUGAUUCAAUCCGUAGCACUGAAAAGCCACGGUAUAUUACAACUUGAAAUUUGAGCUGACAUAUGCAGCGUUGAAACAUUGCCUUUUUAAAUUUAAAUUGCGCUAUUAGUCUGCCUUUAAAUGGUGUCUAAACCACUACAGUUGAGGUUUGGGACUAAAGUUGCAUUGCUUCAGCGAGUGUUUAGAUGUAUGUGGGAAUACUGGAUGAAACAAAGCCAUACAAGUCGCCUUCAAUAAACCACUUUUAAGAGA